AUGAAGCGAAUCAUUGAAUCAAUUUGGGGGAACUCUUCGCAAGUUAAGGUCAGUAUCGCUGGCCCUAAUCUUUAUGUGUUUUCGUUCUUGGAUGCUGGCCUGAGGGACUGGGUUCUAGAUAAUGGAGCUUGGCAUGUCCAGAACAAGCCACUGGUUUUAAGGAAUUGGGUUCCUGGUAUGCAGAAACUUAGUUUUGAUCUCUCCUUUAUGCCAAUUUGGAUCCAGCUUUAUAAUGUUCCUUUAGAGCUCUAUUCUCAAAAGGGUUUGAGUUACAUAGCGAGUGCCUUAGGUAACCCUCUGUUUAUGGACUCGGUUGCAGCUUCAAAGAAUAGGCUCGAAUUUGCCAAGGUUUGUGUGGAGGUUGAAGCAGGGGUUGUCAUUCCUGAUAUUAUUCAUGUUAUUGUUAGUGAUGGUUCCUCUGUUAGUAUUAAAGUGCAUGUGCCUUGGAUGCCCAAGUGUUAUGAUAAAUGCAAAUCAUUUGGACACCACGUUAAUUCUUGUUAUGUGGAUAGACAAGUUCCUCAAAAGCUCAAAGAGGUCCAGGUUUGGAGGAAAAAGGAUGUUAUGAUGCCUGUAAGUAAGGGGGACUUACCAGGGGUUUCUACGGGGAUUGUUGGAUCAGUCAGCAGUUCCAAGGGGAUGACAGAUUCUUUCUCUGGAAAUCUAAAUAACAAUGCAGAAGAAAUGGUGAAUGGUCUGCAAGUUGGUGCAGCUGUUGAGACAACAGUACUUGUAUUGCAGGAGGCUACUGUGCCUUUUUUGAAGGAAGCCAGUGUUACCUCCUCACAGUUUCCUGCUGCUGAUUUGUUGAGUACGGUGCCCCGGACGGUGAUUGACCCUUGUGAACAGGAUAAGGGCCAUGCUACUGAGGGUAGUUUGAGCCAGUUACAGGAAGUGGUUCAUUCUGUGGAUUUCCCUUCCCUCCAAGACUCCUUGAGAAAGAGGACUAAGGGAAGGAAAAAAGAGGCUGUUGGUUCUUCCAGUAAAAUGGAGACUGUGGUUGAGGGUCCUAGGAAAGCCCGAGUAGCUUCUAUGGGUGUGGCAAUGUUGCUUAACGAGAUCAAAUCUAAGAAAAAAGAUCAUCUUGAGAAAUCUAGGUGUACGAUGGGUGUUCCGGGCACUGGCAAUAGUGCUCAAUCUUUUCCAGCUUGA